AGCCACGCCAUGCUCUGAUAACAUUUCUUUUUCCUCCCUCCAUCAUCUCUUCCCAGAAACCGCAUACCCUCCUCUCCAAAAACCACGGCUCUGCACCAUAAAAAUCUCCUCCCCUUCAUCCUUAGGAGUUCCUGGCGAUGAAGAGACUGGGCGUCCACCCCAAGUGCCUCAAGCGGUCCAAGGCGGCCAAGAAGACCCCGAUCAAGGUGGUGUACAUCUCGGACCCCAUGAGGGUGACCGCCACCGCCGCCACCUUCCGCUCCCUCGUUCAGAGGCUCACCGGCCGGGACUCGGUGCUCGAAACGACGGAUGACUCCUCGACAGCGUCUGCAUCUCCCUCGGCGGCGAGCUCGACCCCGUCGAAUCAUGGCGUCAGCUGCAACGUGGAGCAGGAGAACAGCUUGGUGGCUCCGAUCGAAGCGUUUGAUGAGGCGUUUGUUGCACGAAUGCUGGAGAGCUUUUCUGGAUUCAUGUAGCCGACGCUGUACUAGCUCCAAUCCUCAAGUAAGAGGACGUUGGGAGUUUAACAAGUGUGACUCCAUCAUGGUGGUGUUCUCCCAAGGAUUCUGUAUAUAUUCCUCCUUUGGUAGUAUUACUGUACUUUCCAUUGCACUUGCAAGUAAACUCUUAUUUGAGUGUGA